GUACGUUUACUCCCAGCCUCCCAAAGUUGGCAUUUCAUCGAUCGAACUCUAGCUGUACCUCCUGCCUGCCCUGCCCUGCCCUGCCCUGCACUGCUCGAUCGUACACACAGUUUCAUUCCAUCUCCACCAGCUAAAAGCAAGCCAGCCAGCCAAGCUCUGUCUUCCAUCUUGCAUACAUCAACGUCAGAAAAAUCAUCAGAUCGAGAUAUCGACAUGGUGGUGGUGGUGGCGGCGGCCAUGGCGGCGGCGAGCUUGUGCUGCGGCGUGGCGGCGUACCUCUACUACGUCCUGUGGCUGGCGCCGGAGAGGCUCCGCGCCCACCUGAGAAGACAAGGGAUCGGCGGCCCAACCCCGUCCUUCCCUUACGGCAACCUCGCCGACAUGAGGAGCCACGCCGCCGCCGCCGCCGGCGGCAAGGCUACCGGAGAAGGACGACAAGAAGGCGACAUCGUGCACGACUACCGGCAGGCCGUCUUCCCCUUCUACGAGAAUUGGAGAAAACAAUACGGCCCGGUAUUCACGUAUUCAGUAGGGAACAUGGUGUUCCUGCACGUGAGCCGGCCGGACAUAGUCCGGGAGCUGAGCCUGUGCGUGUCGCUGGACCUCGGCAAGAGCUCGUACAUGAAGGCCACGCACCAGCCUCUCUUCGGCGAGGGCAUCCUCAAGUCCAACGGCAACGCCUGGGCUCACCAGAGAAAGCUCAUUGCCCCCGAGUUCUUCCCCGACAAGGUCAAGGGUAUGGUCGAUCUGAUGGUGGACUCGGCACAGGUCCUAGUCAGUUCAUGGGAAGACAGGAUUGACAGAAGUGGCGGGAAUGCACUGGACCUGAUGAUUGACGAUGACAUCAGGGCAUACUCUGCUGAUGUGAUCUCCAGGACAUGCUUCGGUAGCAGCUACGUGAAAGGCAAGCAGAUCUUCGACAUGAUCAGGGAGCUGCAGAAGACGGUGUCCACCAAGAAGCAGAACCUGCUCGCCGAGAUGACCGGGCUCAGCUUCCUCUUCCCGAAGGCGAGCGGCCGCGCGGCGUGGCGGCUCAACGGGCGUGUCCGCGCCCUGAUACUCGACCUCGUCGGAGAGAACGGGGAGGAGGACGGUGGCAACCUCCUCAGCGCGAUGCUCCGGAGCGCCAGAGGCGGCGGCGGUGGCGGCGGCGAGGUCGCCGCCGCGGCCGAGGACUUCGUUGUGGACAACUGCAAGAACAUCUACUUCGCCGGGUACGAGAGCACGGCGGUCACCGCCGCGUGGUGCUUGAUGCUGCUCGCGCUUCACCCUGAGUGGCAGGACCGGGUGCGAGACGAGGUGCAGGCGGCGUGCUGCGGCGGCGGCGGACGGUCGCCGGACUUCCCGGCACUGCAGAAGAUGAAGAACCUGACGAUGGUGAUCCAGGAGACGCUGCGGCUGUACCCGGCGGGCGCGGUGGUGUCGCGGCAGGCGCUGCGGGAGCUCAGCCUCGGCGGCGUGCGCGUGCCGAGGGGCGUCAACAUCUACGUCCCGGUCUCGACGCUGCACCUGGACGCGGAGCUGUGGGGGGGCGGCGCCGGCGCGGCGGAGUUCGACCCGGCGCGGUUCGCCGACGCCCGGCCGCCGCUGCACGCGUACCUGCCGUUCGGCGCCGGCGCGCGCACCUGCCUCGGCCAGACCUUCGCCAUGGCAGAGCUCAAGGUGCUCCUCUCGCUCGUGCUCUGCAGGUUCGAGGUGGCGCUGUCGCCGGAGUACGUGCACUCGCCGGCGCACAAGCUCAUCGUGGAGGCCGAGCACGGCGUGCGCCUUGUGCUCAAGAAAGUGCGGUCCAAGUGUGAUUGGGCUGGAUUUGAUUAGUAAAUUUCGGCCUUUGUGCGCAGCGGCUUUCAGCCCAUUUAAAUUAUAGGCCGAAAUACAGGCCUGUCCAUGUGUGUAGGCCGGGAUUUUAGUUCAAAAUUCGGCCCAUAUGCUAAGGAGGCCUACUUUACAGCGGAUAAUAUGCAGUGUAACUGGCAAACCUAGAAACUAUCGAUGAAUGAAAAUAGGGGGGCGCGAUCGCCUAGGAUCCGGCCCCCCUCCCCCUAUA